UAAAAUUUCAUCGUACAACAGUCAGCAAGGUAAGUCGACCUUACAGAGGGCGAUUUCUACAAGAUCUUUAUUUUGUUCACUAAUUAACAAAAGUACAAUGAAGUUCUCGCUUCUUGUACUUUUUGUUCCGUUACUGAUCUUUUCUACAUCCGUCGAACCCGUAAAAUCAAACGAAGACAUCGAUGUACAAACGACAGAAGAAGACUACGGCCAUCCGUAUGAUUCUUGUACAGAAGAUCAACUGGCGGACAUUCUUGAGGCACUCAAUAUCACCAAAGGGAACUUCCUAGGGGACGUCCUUCUCCAGCGAAAGGACAUGAUAAACUUACUUCUUUCGUUGAAAACACUUAAGAACGCGCCUCAUAAUAAAGACACUGCCGACAAGGAAGGUCACCUUCAGAAAAUUGAUUUCAAAGAACCAACAUUUCAGCAGCUCCUACAAAAUCACAGCUGUAAGGCGACAAAAAGAAACAAAAGAAGCCAAGGGUCUUUGACGAGAUCUCGACGCAGUCUUGUAGACACAACUAAUAAAUGGAAUUUUCCAAUCCAAUAUUACAUUGAAGGUUCAUAUGAUACUGCUGAGAAAGACACGAUUCGCGAUGGCGUUCAAGCAUGGGAGGAUAAAACCUGUGCCACGUUUCAAGAGGUCGGCUCGUCACCUGCACCUGGGAUCACCUUCUUUUCAGGAAGCGGAUGUUACUCUCUAGUUGGUGUGUCAAGCGGGAGUAGUGGUAAUAGGGUAUCCUUGGAGAUUCCAGGCUGUGUAUAUGAAAGCACGGUAAUACACGAAAUAGGUCACUCCUUGGGCUUCCUUCAUACCCAAUCACGUCCGGAUAGGGACUUCUAUGUAACUGUGAAUGAAGAAAACGUUCAAACUGACAUGAUUGCGAACUACAAUAAAUCACCUUGGGAGAGGUUUGCGUUGUAUAAUUUGGAGUAUGAUUUUGCCUCUGAGAUGCAUUAUAGCAGGGGGACAUUUUCAAUAGGAAGUCCCGUAACUAACCCAACAAUGGACGCCGUUAAUCCUUUGUACAAUGGAAACAUUGGUAGCAGCGAUGGCAUUUCCUAUAUAGACGCAAAGAUGUUUAACAUUCACUACUGUAGUGCUGAAUGUCCCGGCUAUUCAUCGUUAUACUGGAAAGACUGUCUACAUGGAGGGUACAGAGAUCCUAAUGACUGCUCAGUCUGUAGAUGUCCUGAUGGAUGGAGUGGGCCAACAUGUAGCGACGUUUCUCCACCAGGAUCGGGAACCUGUGGUGGUGAAAUAGAUGUUACAGAUUCCGGAUUUUUAUCUAAUCCUGAUUUCGGAAGUUCGUACAGCCAAGGCAGCGAUUGCACCUGGCUGCUAAAAGCCCCAGCAGGAAGCCAGAUCCGAAUAAAUUUUGUUGAAGAUUUUGGUAUAGAAUACUCUACUGGUAAUACAUGUUCAAGGGAUUGGGUUGAAAUACGUUAUUACAGUCUCGACUACGUUGGACCAAGAUUCUGUGGAAAUACCGUGCCAACCGAAGUUAUUGAAUCUUUGAAUGGAGAAUUAAUGGUUCUAUUUAGGGCUAACGAUGAUAAUCCGAAUCCUAACAAUGGUUUUAAGAUACAAUACAUGCUCGUUCCAGUUGAUAAUAAGGACGACGUCCCCAAGCUAGAACUAACUGGUACAGGGGUCUGCACAAAUCAAAGAUGGAGGGAAGGCAUAUACUGUAUCCGCCAAAGUAUCCGUUACAAUGGUUAUCCAGUCUACAAGCAAAUGAUCGGAAACGAGUAUCUUUACUUUAAGAAUGAAAACUGGGUUGUUGGGCCCGAAGUCGGUGGGGAUAACUUUGGCAUUCAGGUAAAUAUGGAAACAGCAAAUCUCAUGUGCUUUGAUGGCGUUCAAUGGGUCACUGAAUUAAAUCUUGCGUUGGAAGAAUCACAAUUGUGCAAGAACAUUUGGGCAAGCGGGCUUGACACGACGGGAGGAAACGCAGCUCUAAAUGGGAUGUAUACUAGAGGAGAAGAUGGCGUGUAUACAAAAGUAGGAAACACAGCAAUUACCAUAUAUAAAACGGCUACUGGUUGGGAAAUUAGUACGUCAGAUAAUACAUAUGAUUUUGCAUUUGGAUCAACGGAAAUGGAUAUAACUCUUGUUCCAAACACUUGGACUAUAGGCUCAGACAUUGUGAAAUUUGAAUGUUAUUUUGGACCAGAACCUUGUGAGAGAGUAUUCGUGGACGGCAGUGACACAAGGCGUGGUAACAUGGGUUUCUUCAAACUCGAGGGAUCCUUGCACCAAAGAACCCCUUUGUACAUUCACGAGUUUGGUGAACGGCAUCUCUACCGUACUGAAGUUGAUUCCUCGUCCAAGUUUUGGGUAAUAGGAAAAGGGCUGACUAGCUACACCCAGGAAAUACGUGUAUCAACGACUGCCCUUGUUCCAAAUAAUAUCAGUCCAGCUGACCAGUGGGAAGUUAUCGACGGGAGUUGGGAUAACUGGUUUCCGAAACCUGUGACAGCUGAAUGCGUAGAAGCCAGUGUCAAGCAGCCCCCGUGUGACGAAAUAUUCAUAUCCAUAAAUGGGGAUACUGGUGAUGUUCAACAAACAGGAAGACUUGGUCUAUACAAACUACAAGCCGAUGAAUACAAAAACCGACCAGCAUAUGCGUCCAUUGGGAAUACAAACUACUUAUUCUACACAGAAUCUGGCACCUGGUAUAUAAGUGGUAGUUUAGGAAGCGGAGGGCGUGCAAUCGACUUUAGACAAGCCGUUGAAUACCCACAAGAGUUUACCGUAACACCAGUAGGGUAUGACGGUAGUUCUUUCGUACCAAUGACCGGAGUGGGAGUUACUUGUCUAAUACCUAGUGCAUCUUGCGAGUCAGUACAACUUACGUCUGGUUUAGCAUUUUUGGAAGGUACUUACUCAAAAAACACGGACCUGUACGAUGAAAGACCGACGUAUAAAAAAGAUGGGGUCGAGAAAUACAUUUAUUAUCUUGCAAUCUAUAAACGCUGGAAUAUUGGUUCAAUCAUUGGAGCCACCUCGAUUAACGCGUUGGUAUCUAGUAUUGCGAUGAGCCCUACGGAUAUAAGCCCCGUGUGGAGGAUUUAUUCAGGUAGCUGGCAGGAUGAUCCCACUAUGGAAGCAGCAUGUUUAGACGCACCAACGACAACAACGGCAGCCCCGACGACAACAACGGCGGCACAAACGACAACAACGGCGGCACAAACGACAACAACGGCAGCACCAACUACAACAACGGCAGCACCAACGACAACAACGGCAGCCCCGACGACAACAACGGCAGCACCAACUACAACAACGGCAGCACCAACUACAACAACGGCAGCACCGACGACAACAACGGCAGCCCCGACGACAACAACGGCAGCCCCGACGACAACAACGGCGGCACCAACGACAACAACGGCAGCCCCGACGACAACAACGGCGGCACCAACGACAACAACGGCAGCACCAACUACAACAACGGCAGCACCAACGACAACAACGGCAGCCCCGACGACAACAACGGCAGCACCAACGACAACAACGGCAGCACCAACGACAACAACGGCAGCCCCGACGACAACAACGGCAGCCCCGACGACAACAACGGCGGCACCAACGACAACAACGGCAGCACCAACGACAACAACGGCAGCACCAACGACAACAACGGCAGCUCCGACGACAACAACAGCAGCACCAACGACAACAACGGCAGCUCCGACGACAACAACGGCAGCCCCGACGACAACAACGGCGGCACCAACGACAACAACGGCAGCUCCGACGACAACAACGGCAGCCCCGACGACAACAACGGCGGCACCAACGACAACAACGGCAGCACCAACUACAACAACGGCAGCACCAACAACAACAACGGCAGCACCAACUACAACAACGGCAGCACCAACUACAACAACGGCAGCCCCGACGACAACAACGGCGGCACCAACGACAACAACGGCAGCACCAACUACAACAACGGCAGCACCAACGACAACAACGGCAGCCCCGACGACAACAACGGCGGCACCAACGACAACAACGGCAGCACCAACGACAACAACGGCAGCACCAACGACAACAACGGCAGCCCCGACGACAACAACAGCAGCCCCGACGACAACAACGGCGGCACCAACGACAACAACGGCAGCACCAACCACAACAACGGCAGCACCAACUACAACAACGGCAGCACCAACGACAACAACGGCAGCUCCGACGACAACAACGGCAGCACCAACUACUACCACGGCAGCACCAACGACAACAACGGCAGCACCAACUACAACAACGGCAGCACCAACAACAACAACGGCAGCACCAACUACAACAACGGCAGCACCAACUACAACAACGGCAGCCCCGACGACAACAACAACGGCGGCACCAACGACAACAACGGCAGCACCAACUACAACAACGGCAGCACCAACUACAACAACGGCAGCCCCGACGACAACAACGGCGGCACCUACCACAACAACCUUAAGUCCAUUAGAGAGAUUACGAAGGUUGAGAGAGGCAAGAAAAGCGGCAAGAAAAGCAGCGAAAGAAGCAAGAAAAGCAGCAAGAAAAGCAGCGAAAGAGGCAGCGAAAGUGGUAAGAAAGGCAAGAAAAGAGGCAAGAAAAGCGGCGCGAAAGGCAAGAAAAGGCGCUAGAAAAGCGGUGAAAAAAGCAAGAAAGGCUGCGAAAAGGGCAAGGAAAGCAAGAAGGAGACUUUGGAGAAGCAAAUAGGAAGAUUGAAAAUAAGAAGAAAGGGAGACGCAUGAAGAAAUAUAAGAACGUCCAACAUUAAAUUAACUUUGCAAUCUUACGUAAAAUAAAGAAUAACAACAGCAA